AUGGCCGGUGCUCAGCAACCAGACACCGACACCUUCCUCGAGAGGGCCCCCGUCGCCGAUGGCAUGACGGCUGCCGGUGCAAGUGCUGGCGUCGGCCUCCUCGUUUCCGCCGUACAGAACUCGAUGCAAACCCACAACAAGGGAGCCCUCGGCGUCUUCACAAGGACCGGAAGCACCAUUGCCCUGUUCACCGCCAUGGGCGGCAUCUUCUCAUACACCGAUGCCACUGUGGCCAACUUUCGACAAAAGACGGACGCAAUCAACGGAGCGGCAGGCGGAUGCGCGGCUGGUCUUGUCCUGGGUGCCGGCGCGCGAUCACUCCCAAUGAUGGUUGGAUCGUGCGCCGCACUUGCUGCACUGGUCGGAACGUUUGACGCGGCGGGAAAGUCGAUCCAGGGCUCCUAUGCCAGGCCCACGCCCCGUGAAUUUGCCAGCGCUGCCCAACACGGCGUCGCUGCCGAGGGUCACUCGGCUCCCGGCGAGCGAGGCUGGAGGGAAGAGCGCGAAGCCAGGAGACAGAGCUUCUUCAAGCAGAAGAAGACGGCAGAUGUCGAGGAGAGCGAGUAG